GCUGGACAGGGAAGUGGCCACGGCGCUGGAGCUGGUCAGGGAAGCGGGGCUGGUCAGGGCGCUGGAGCUGGUCAGGGAAGCGGGGCUGGUCAGGGCGCUGGAGCUGGUCAGGGAAGCGGGGCUGGACAGGGAAGCGGUCAGGGCGCUGGAGCUGGACAGGGAAGCGGGGCUGGACAGGGAAGCGGUCAGGGCGCUGGAGCUGGACAGGGAAGCGGAGCUGGACAGGGAAGCGGCCAGGGCGCUGGAGCUGGACAGGGAAGCGGAGCUGGACAGGGAAGCGGCCAGGGCGCUGGAGCUGGACAGGGAAGCGGAGCUGGACAGGGAAGCGGUCAGGGCGCUGGAGCUGGACAGGGAAGCGGAGCUGGACAGGGAAGCGGUCAGGGCGCUGGAGCUGGACAGGGAAGCGGAGCUGGACAGGGAAGCGGUCAGGGCGCUGGAGCUGGACAGGGAAGCGGAGCUGGACAGGGAAGCGGUCAGGGCGCUGGAGCUGGACAGGGAAGCGGAGCUGGACAGGGAAGCGGUCAGGGCGCUGGAGCUGGACAGGGAAGCGGAGCUGGACAGGGAAGCGGUCAGGGCGCUGGAGCUGGACAGGGAAGCGGUCAGGGCGCUGGAGCUGGACAGGGAAGCGGUCAGGGCGCUGGAGCUGGACAGGGAAGCGGUCAGGGCGCUGGAGCUGGACAGGGAAGCGGAGCUGGACAGGGAAGCGGAGCUGGACAGGGAAGCGGCCAUGGAAGCGGAGCUGGACAGGGAAGCGGAGCUGGACAGGGAAGCGGCCAUGGAAGCGGAGCUGGACAGGGAAGCGGCCAUGGAAGAGGAGCUGGUCAAGGCGCAGGAGCUGGUGAGGGCGCUGCUCAGGGAAGCGGCCAGGGCGCAGGACAUGGCAGCGGUGCUGGACAGGGAUGCGGCCGAGGGAAUUGUCAUGGAUGUGGCCAAGGUCAAUGUUGUGGUCAGGGACAUGUUAAUGGUAAUUUAGCAUAAUAUUUUCUGGAGAUCUUUUCCACUCCUUCAUUCAAAUGGCAUGUUUUCCCUUUUUGCUCAUGUGGUUUAGAAUUUCUGUCUCUACCACCUCAAAUUAAAAAAAAAUAAAACUGCUUGAUUUGAAAAGUUU